AUGUUCUUUAACCCUAAAAACCUAUUUCCUAAACACCUUUUCCAUUCCAAGAAGGAAAAAUCAUCUGUAUCAAGAUCCGACCCGCUUUCCUUCGGGUCAUCUUCUUCCUCUGACGAAUCCACUCACAAAGUCGUUACCGGAGGAUCUCAAACGCCCACUAGCGUCCUGCCCGAAGCAUCAUCCAGCUUGUCGUCCGAUGUCACUAUCGAAGUUCAAUGGGAACUUGCUCAGGCUUUCUGGUUAAUCGACCGCAACAACAACAAUGACAACAUCGUUCAAGCAACGACAUUGUUUCUCGAUUUUGUACCACCUCUGUUUCAUAGCAACAACAAUGAUCUCAGCACGACAACAACAUAA